GGGAUUCCACUCUGCAUCACUUCCGUUUCUCUCGCGGUGCAGAGGAGCAGCGCGCGAGACGGACCUCUUCUCUGCCUCCAUCCUGCUUCCCCAUACCCUGUUUCAUUUUCAGUACUACAGCUUCCAUCGUUGUGCUCCAAGAAUGCCGAAGUCAAAGGAACUUGUGUCUUCAAGCUCAUCUGCCAGUGAUUCAGAUAGUGAAGUUGACAAAAAGGCAAAACGGAAAAAGCAAGCAGCCCCAGAAAAACCUGUAAAGAAACAAAAGACUGGUGAGAGUUCAAAAGGUGCAGCUUCUUCUAAGCAAAGCAGUAACAGAGACGAGAAUAUGUUUCAGAUUGGCAAAAUGAGGUACGUCAGUGUUCGUGAUUUUAAAGGGAAAGUCUUAAUUGAUAUUAGAGAAUAUUGGAUGGAUCAAGAAGGUGAAAUGAAGCCUGGCAGAAAAGGUAUUUCUUUAAAUCCAGAACAGUGGAACCAGCUGAAGGAACAGAUUUCUGAUAUUGAUGAUGCAGUAAGAAAACUGUAAAGACAGAGCCAUACAGAAACUUUUAUCAUUUUAGUUGUUUUAAGCAGUCUUUUUACAUUGGCUUUUGUUUUCUAAAAUAUUGUUUUCCAAGCUAUUGUAUAUUUGGAUUGCAAAACAAUUUGUAAGAUGAAUACUUUUUUUAUGUGCAUUAAAAGUGUAUUCUGAGUGAGGCUAUUUGUGUAUACUUUACUAAAAGAAAAUGUGUUGUUUUCACCUCAUGGUGCAAAAUAAACAAAUGAAAUAAUAUGUAAAGCAUACUUGUUCAUGGCUUUUUGACUGAAGGUGUUUGCUGAUAAGGCCACCUGAUAGCUUUAGUCUUUGUUUUAGUUUCAGUUUAGUUAACAGUUAAUAUGAAUUUGUUUUCUGAGGAGAUUUAAAAUGCCUCCAUUUAAUUAUUUUUCUUUUAUUUCAUACUCUUUGGUAUUGCCCUGACAGCUUUCUGCUUUAAGACUUGAUACAAACAGUGAAUACCUGGUAAAACACAUUUUUGUAGAUAAUUUAAAAUGCUGUAUUUGCUAAUCUACCCUAUUUAUUCAGAUGUAAACAGUCCUGAGUAUAUAGUUUUUUUGCAUCACUUGCAUGAAGUGUUAUGCUAAACAAUAACACUUGAACACAAGCCACGUGCUAUUUCUUCCCGUUUUCUAUAGCUUGCUUGACUUAGAAAAUACAAUUAGCCUUUUUUCUUGGACCCUAGAUUUUAGAACGUGAUGCAUAAACUUCUACAGUAAUAGACAUAUACCUCAAAGUAAGAUAGUAUUUAAAAGCUCCAGAUGUGGUUAUUAGUUAGGUACCCUUUUCAAGCUUUGCAUUAAAUUCAUUCUUGAACACCUCCUGACUAGUUAUUCUGUAAAAAAGAACAGUUAACCUGUCUUUUUAGGGCUUCUGUUCGUUUGAGAGUAUUGUGUAAACAACAAUGCUUAAACUAUGCUGUGACACGGGUUAAACAGUCAAACAGGGUUAAAAUUGCUCCAGCCCAAAGGUCUGGCUCUUGUACUUCUGCCCUGUCCACACUGCCUCCCCAAACCACUUACCUUGGCUUUGUGUGGCUUACCUUUGCACAGCUCUUUGACCUUUUGUACAGAAGAUACUUGGCGCUUAGUGUGGGGAACUGGUGCAUAGUGUAUCAGGACUCUAACAAACUUCACUUGUCAACCAUAGUACUAUUCUGGUGAGAGAAGCUUCUCUCCGGUCAAAGCUCUGUUAGACUAGGUGCUGCCCCUGUUGAAAGGCUUUUGGUAGGUGUCACAAACAAUGGAGCGAAGAAGGGAGAAUAUAAUGUUUGAGUAGAACUUGGAGUGAUAAGGGGCACAUCACUAUGGAAGGUAACAGUGAAAGAUCAAAGCUAGCUGACACUGAUUUCAGUGAAGAAAUAUAAGUUUUGGAGCAGAGUUCAUUUUCUGACUUAAUUCAGUUAAUCAAAGGAAGGUGAAACAACAUGAAAAUUGACAUUUCAGGAGUUUGUAGUGAGUGUGCAACUUAAUUGGUUCAGCUGUAAUUUUUCCGUUUGAUGUUAAUGUAUUUUUACAAUUUGUGUAGACAAACAGGAUUUACUAUUUGCUUAAUUUUGGAAUACCUUAAUAUAAUUGUUUAUUGCAGACAUGCAUGGAAGUGUCACACACAGACUGUUCUUGUGCUGCAGAGUUUAUAAUUCAAUACAAAUAGGUAUUGAAGGGUGAGGAAGGGUGACUUCAUCAAAUUACAUAUGUAUUAUUUCAUUUAAAUAUUAGAUACCUCUACCUACUUUUUAACUUGCCCAUUGUUGACAUAUUACAAAUAAAGUUAAGAUCUGGUUUUCAAUAGCUCAGGGAAUCAUGAGUUUUUAAGAGCUGCUUGAGGGUGAAUAAAAGGGUGAAGAGAUGUUUUGUGGUAGCAGACGCAUUUUUGGGCACAACAUUCUUUUUUUGAGUGACUUAAAGGCAUGUAGGGAUAUUUGGACCAACUAGAAUGAAUAUGAAAUAUCUGCUAAAAUUUCACAGAUGAGUGAAUGCAAUAAAUUGCUUCAGAUCACUAUCAAUAGGUCAUAGGUGGGGUUUUUUUGUUUGUGGUGUGUGUACAUGAUUUUUUCCAUCAAAUCUGAAAUUUUGCAACCAGAUUUCUCCCAUUUUAUCUCAAAACUUUCAUGCAGCUUCUUUAAAGUGCAUGAUUGUAUUAGAGGGAACAUUGUGCUCACUUAGAUUACUGUGGUAGUAGGUCAGUGGAUGGCAGUUGUGUGUCAGAGUACAAUAUAACUGUUCAGGAAGGUAGAGAAUUCAGUUAUUUUAUUGGGGAAGAGUAAGUGAAAAAGCUUUAAUAUAGUGAUUAGUUCUCUUGUGGAAACCGAUGGUAGAAGUGUUCAAAGAAAUUAGUAUUUGUUGACCAGGAACUAUUAGUUCCUAUUGUAGAUAACCCCCUUACUGAAUUUGUGGUGAUAAUUACAGGAGCUGUUUAUCCCAUUUUACUUGAGAAAACUUGGGGCAGUUUGAUUUCAAUUAGCUUGUGUGUUUAAAAGUAGUUUUCCAUCUUCCCAUUGUAUUUCUUCUUGUAAUAAUGAUAACAUAUCAUAUAUUUUACCUGAGCCAAUCUUUUACAUAUGUUUGAAUGUCUGACAAAAAAGGUAACUAAAUAACCCACAGUUUCACAAAUGAACUCCAAACGGGGUGAGUUGAAUUGUGAGGGAAUUCAUUGCACCUCAGAUGACUGAUGUGCUUGUUACUUGAUAAAAAUUUGACACAUUCAAUGUUAUUUUGAAAUAAAUAGUUGGUUGUGAUUUGUCAUGUAAUUGUCUAUGGCUGUAGACUUUCUAAUUUGAGAAGGAAAUUCAGAUUUUCUUGAAUAAAGAUUAUUUUCUUGCAGACAAAGUGGUAGUUAGGGAACACAUAGAGGGGUCCAUGGAAGAAAAUUGUGCAUGUAUGAGAAGGCUGUGUAAGAUGAGUUGAAAACACUGCUCCCUUUCCCAUUGAAGUGGCAAAAGAAAGAUACGUUUGAUUCUUUAUGUUUAUGCAGGGCAUAUUAGCAAUAUGUUUUAUAAAUUAAACCUAUUAUGGAGCUUGGGAGGAAAAAUACAUCACAGUUGGAGCUGCCAAAGUACCAUAUGUGUGAUAAAUCAAACUGUCAUGUAUGAUGUUGCUCUUAUGUAGAGAUGUUCAUAUUGAAAUUAAACAAAUGCAGUACUAAGUUUGAUAUUUCUGUUCAAGGAAAUGCCCCAGUUACGUACUUCUUAUGUGAUCUGUUAGAAAAAAAAAAUUGUAAUUCUGGUAACUCAAAUGUCAUAUUGUUAACAAUGCGGAAUGUUUCAUGUUUUGCUCUGGUGGUAUCUACUGCAGAGAGGCCACUGCAAAUAUGACCCCUCCAACUGUAAUUACCUUAAUGUGCAAAUAAAAAAUAGUUAAAUGGAAUACGUGUAAUAACAAUUUGAACACUUGGAAAUAAAUGAAGACUUAUGUUGA